AUGUCCCCAUUGUUCACUCCCAUCAAGGUUGGGCGCAUGACGCUCCAGCACCGCAUUGCUAUGGCCCCGAUGACUCGCUUGCGUGCUGAUGCCAGACACGUUCCUCUGCCCUCUGUCAAAGAAUACUACCAGCAGCGCGCUGCCGUCCCCGUGACAAGAGCGGUGCAUGAUAGAGGUUCAUAUAUCUAUCUUCAGCUGUGGGCUCUUGGUCGAGCCGCGAACCCAAGCUUCCUCAAGCAGCAAGGUCUCAACCUUAUCUCCAGCAGUGAUGUGCCUAUGAAGAGCACCUUCAGCGAUGAAAUGCACCACCCAAAGCCACUCACAGUAGAUGGAAUCCAUGACGCUAUCAACGACUUUGCUGCCGCGGCUAAAAAUGCUAUGAGGGCUGGGUUUGAUGGAGUUGAGAUCCACGGCGCGAAUGGAUAUCUUAUUGACCAAUUUAUCCAAGACGUCUCGAACAAGCGUAAUGAUGCCUGGGGCGGAGACGUUGAGAGACGUUCCAAGUUCGCAGUUGAAGUAACACGAGCAGUGGUGGAAGCUAUCGGACAAGACCGGACAGCAAUUCGACUGAGCCCCUGGAGCCGCUAUCAAAAUAUGCGCAUGGAGGACCCGGUCCCGCAAUUCACGGGACUUGUUAAGACUUUGGCGCAAUACAAAUUGGCUUACUUGCAUCUUUGCGAAUCUGAUGCAAAGGCAGACGGACAUUUGGGUUGGCUGCUUGAUGCCUACCAGAGUGCGGGCCCAGUAAUCGUUGCUGGAAAUUUCAACGGUGAGACUGCUGCUAAGGCGCUGGAGGGGCAAUACAAAGGUCACAAUGUGGCUGUUGCCUUUGGACGGCCAUUCAUUGGGAACCCAGACCUGACUUUCCGUGUCAAAGAAGGAAUUCCUUUUGCGCCGUAUGAUCCCAAGACAAUGUAUGCGCAGACUGCAGAGGGGUACACGGAUUACAAGUACAGUAAGGAAUUCGAGGCUAUGACUGUGUCUGCGUAA